AUGGGGACGACAGGACUACAAUCAACGCUGUGGCUCCUCUACCUUACGCUGCUGGUCAGCGUGCUCGCUCAAACUGCAGCAAACUCAUCCCAUCUGGGCCGAGUCUGCACGACCUGGGGACAGAACCACUGGAAGACAUUUGACGGGGACUACUUCCAACUGGUCUCCACCUGCACACAUGAAGUGGUGUCACAGUGCCAGGGCUCCUUUGAAAAUUUCAACAUCCAGAUGAAACGCAAGCUGGUGGACGGCAUCUCCAGCAUUGAGCGAAUCUUAGCGAAGCUGGAAGGUUCUGUGGUUCUCAUCACAAGAUCCAUCUCGGUGAUAGAUUAUGCCGAAGACAACAAAGUGAGUGAUCCAACGGGUGUUUGCUUGGAGCCAGAACAAGCCAUUCCAGAGCUCUGCGGAAGCAAGAGUGCCUGCGAGGAAAUCUUCUCCAGAGCUCCAUUUAGCAGCUGCCAAAACCUCCUGGACAUUGAUUCCUUUGUCACCGCCUGCAUGUCUGAUCGAUGCAACAGUGACGAUUCCCUUCUGUGUAAAACAGUCUCAGAGUUCUCAAGGCAGUGCAUCCAUGCAGGUGGACAGCCUCAGCAGUGGCGGAGUCCAUCUUUUUGCCCUAAGACGUGUCCCACUGGCAUGGUGUUCAUGGAGUGCAGCAGCUCAUGUCCCAACACUUGCUCCAACCCUCAGGCCUCCCAGACUUGUGACACCCACUGUAUGGACGGUUGCAGCUGCCCUGCUGGAACUGUCUUGGAUGACAUUGGUGAAAAUGGCUGCGUAGCAGUGGAAUCCUGUCCUUGUUUGCACAGCGGCAAGGCCUACAAAUCUGGAGAGUCGUACGAAUACAACUGCAGAUCUUGUACGUGCCAGAACGGUCGGUGGUCUUGCACUGACACCGAUUGUCCAGCGACCUGCUCUGUGGAAGGGGGCUCCCACAUCAACACAUUUGAUGGCAAGGCCUACACAUUUCAUGGAGACUGCAGCUACAUAAUGGCACAGGUCAUCAAAGUUCAAUCGUCCGGUCAGGUCUUUGUGAACAAGAUUCUCUCUCAGCUUCCAUUGUUUACCUCGAAGCUGAGCGCCUACAAAGCUUCAUCCUUCUACAUCCACAUGAACACCAGGUUUGGCCUUCGACUGAUAAUUCAGCUCAGUCCAUUGAUGCAAGUCUACAUUUUAGCAGACAGUUCACUCAAAGGGACCACUUCAGGUCUGUGUGGAAACUUUAACAACAUCAUGAGUGAUGACUUCAAGGUGAGCAGUGGGCUUGUGGAGGGUACAGCAGCAGCCUUUGCCAAUGCCUGGAAAACAAGAGCAUCUUGUCCAGAUGUUUCGACGCGCUUCACUCACCCUUGCACACAGGGAAUCAACAAAGAGGACUUUGCCAAGUUCUGGUGCUCCAAACUCACUGACCCCAAUGGAGUGUUUGCACCGUGCCACAGUUCCAUCAGCCCAACAACCUACAAAGACAACUGCAUGUACGACACGUGUAGCUGUGAGAAGAGUGAAGACUGCAUGUGUGCUGCUGCCUCUGCGUAUGUCUACGCUUGCUCAGCUGCAGGCGUCCAGCUUACUGGAUGGAGGGAUGUCAUGUGCAGCAAGUUCAGCACUUCAUGCACUCCAGGAACUGUGUAUGAGUACAGCAUGACCAGCUGUGGCCGCACUUGCUACGCUCUCAGCCAGGUGGACUACACCUGUGACUCAAGCUUCCCCUCAAUCGACGGUUGUGGAUGUUCAAUGGGAACAUACAUGGAUGAGAACGGCCGUUGCGUGUCUGCCUCAGACUGCUCUUGUUAUGACGGAGAAAACAUAAUUCCAAGUGGUCAAACUAUCAACAAAGAUGGAGGAACAUGUUUCUGCAGAGAAGGACGUCUUAGCUGCCAAGGACUUCAAACACAAGUGACACCCUCAUGCAAGGAGCCCAUGGUUUAUUUCAACUGCUCCGAUGUGACGCCCGGGAGUUCUGGAGUCGAGUGUCAGAAGAGCUGUGGGACUCUGGACAUGGCUUGUAUGAGCACUGGCUGCACAUCAGGAUGCAUGUGCCCAAAUGGUCUGAUCGCAGAUGGACUUGGAGGUUGUAUCAGCGAGAGUAGCUGUCCAUGUGUGUACAAUGGAAAACUCUACCAACCUGGAGAGACACUCACCGUUGACUGCAACACAUGCUCGUGUCGCAACAGGAAGUUCACCUGCACCAACAACGUUUGCGAUGCUGUGUGUGGUAUCUAUGGUGACGGCCAUUACAUUACCUUUGAUGACAAGAGGUUUGAGUUCAGUGGAGAAUGUGAAUACUCACUUGCUCAGGACUACUGUGGCUCUGGCAGUGGAAGCUUCAGAAUUGUUACUGAAAAUGUUCGAUGUGGAACCACGGGAACGACCUGUUCCAAAACCAUCAAGAUCUACCUCGGGAGUGACGAGUAUCUCCUCAAAGACGAGACCCUUCGAGUGGUUAAGGGCAGCAGCCCCUCUCAGGUAUCCAAGAUGGGCAUUUACCUAGUGGUGGCCAUCAAACCAGGACUAGUGGUCAUGUGGGACAAGAAGACCAGUCUGUUCAUCAAACUUGGUCCACAGCAUCAGGGAAAAGUGUGCGGUCUUUGUGGAAACUAUGACGGCAAUAGCAAGAAUGACUUCACCACACGCUCCCAGGAGACAGUAGCAGAUGUUCUGGAGUUUGGUAACAGUUGGAAGGUUUCAUCUGGAUGUCCUGAUGCCAAGCUAUCAACAGAUCCCUGUACCAGCAACAGAUACCGUGCAGCAUGGUCCCAGAGGCAAUGCAGUAUCAUCACCAGUGUCACGUUUCAAGACUGUCAUUCAAAGGUGGAUCCUGGUCCAUACUAUGAUUCGUGUGUCAGAGAUUCUUGUGCUUGCGACACUGGUGGGGACUGUGAGUGUUUCUGCACAGCUGUUGCUGCCUACGCAAAAUCUUGUAAUGAAGCUGGAGCCUGUGUAAAAUGGAGAACUCCAAAGCGAUGCCCCGUGUUCUGUGACUACUAUAACUCCCCCGAUGGCUGUGAGUGGCACUACAAGCCCUGUGGUGCUGACUGCAUGAAAACCUGCAGGAAUCCCUCUGGAAAUUGUUCUGCUCUCAUCACUGGCCUGGAAGGAUGUUACCCACAGUGUCCACCAGCCCAACCUUUUUUCAAUGAGGACUCAAUGACCUGUGUUGCCUGGGAACAGUGUGGCUGUUAUGAUGAUCAGGGCACCAACUAUGGAAUUGGGGAUUAUGUACCAUCAGAAAACUGCUACAGCUGCUCGUGCAAACUAUCAGGAAUUAGUUGCGUCUAUGACGUAAACUACUGCUCUUGCUUUGUCAAUGGGAAAACUUACAAGUAUGGAGAAACCAUUUACAACACCACAGACGGCCUGGGCAGUUGCAUGGAAGCUGUCUGUGGACCUGAUGGAGUUGUUUCAAGAGACGUGUAUUCAUGUCCAAAGACUACAACGCCUCUUCCGACAACAACUCCAUUCACAUUCAGCACAGGUAGAGGUGGCGCAAUUUAUGGAGAAUUUAGUUGA